AUGAAAGAACUUCUUCUGCUUCUGCUUCUAACUGAAAUUCAUUCAACCAGCAGCAAUGUUCUUCGUAUCAUGACAUUCAAUAUCUGGCAAUCAGGAGCAAACGUUGAGAAUGGUUUGUGGAAAAUAGCUAAGCACAUCAGUAUUGUUGAUCCGGAUGUCGUUACAUUACAGGAAGUUUCUAAUAUUACUGUCAUAUCGGAUCUGGAAUAUCUCUUGGGACGACAAUGGAAAGGAGUGGUACCCAAUAAGGAAUACCCCGAUGUUGGCAUAUUAACGAAGCACUCCAUUCAUUUACAUUCUUUCGCUUACACCAACUGGACUAUGGGUCUUCGAAUUUCUCUAACUUCCGGUCAUUUCAUCAAUAUUUGGACAGCGCACUUACAAUAUAGAGCAUACGGACCUUAUGCGGCUUUCAAUAAGCUCGUUACGAAAAUGGAUCAAAUAAUGGCAGGAGAGAAACCAUCAUUUGGUGAUGGUCGAUGGCAUAAUAUGAUGGAAGUUUAUGAGAACCCGACCAUGAGACGAUGGUUACAGAAAUGUGACUCGAUACCUUUCAUUUUUACCGGAGAUUUCAACUGUCCUUCUCACCUAGAUUGGACAUUAAACCAAACUGGAGUACAUGGUGGAUGGUCAGUAGAAUGGCCUGCAACAAAAAUUUUGGAACAGCUUGGAUUUAUAGACUCUUACAGGUAUCUCUAUCCGAAUCCGUCAACGCAUCCAGGAAAUAGUUGGUCGACAGUUAAUAAAUUCAACGCUGAAUGGGAUUACACUAUACCAGAACCUCAAGAUCGUAUUGAUUUCAUAUAUUUCAAAGGUCCUGUUAAACCUAUAAGAUCGUUUCUGUACAAAGGCAAUGAGCCAUUGAUGAGGAUUCCGUAUCACAUGCAGAAUGACUAUCCAUCUGAUCAUUACGCACUAAUCAGUGAUUUUCAAAUUUUCAAAUGA